UUUUUAAACUUCUAAGAUUUUACUCCAUAGCUGGGAUGCUAGUUAUGCUUAAUGGUAGGUAUCAGGAAUGUAGAGUCUUGAGCUGAGGAAGUUAGAGAGGGAAGGACAUUUAUUUAUUAAUAAUUGAUAGCUGAAUGUUAGAAUCAGAUUCAUUUGGGCUGGCUGAAGGUUUUUUUUUUUUCCUUCCUUUUUUCCUUUAAGGCAGUUGUGCAUUCUAGGAAGGAAGCCCUUUGGCAGGCGCUCUUUAUGGUGGCUCUUUGGGGGCGCGCGCAAGCGCGGGGAGGGGGGGUCACCUUUACCAUCAUCUGUAGCUUUAUUGAGGGCCUGUUCAGGGGGCUCAGAUUGAGGCUAAGAAGUAUAGGGCUACUUUUUGGAAAAGUCUUUAUGUUAUUUGUUUACAUUUCAUGUUUCCUCACAGUUGGGCAGUAGAAAUAAGUAGGUCAGCUCUCCUAUUGGUUUUUGAAGGUUAGCCCCCUCCCCCCUUUUCAAAGUUUUACCAUCUACUUGGUUUACAGCCUUGUAGGAAAGCAUGACCGAAAAUUUCCUGGGAAUACUGUUACUCAUUUUAAUUUCGGGGAUUAGAGAGCUGAAGGAGAGCCAGUUUCCCCAAAAUUGGUUUCUUUACUGCAGGACUUCUCAGAGCCUUUAAUAUGCUAAUGUGCAGUGUGAAUCUCCAAGAUGGGGAUAUGAUAUGCAGCAUUCUUGAAUACUUCUAAUGACAGGGAGCCCACUACCUCAUAAGCUGCAGCAACAAGAGGAGCUUGUUACUUUAAAGGGAGGUGAAGACACUGUAGAAUCAGCAGACAGAAGAAAGGGGAGAAGGCAGAGGAUGGAGUUGCAGACCCUACAGGAGGCUCUGAAAGUGGAAAUUCAGGUUCACCAGAAACUGGUUGCUCAAAUGAAGCAGGAUCCACAGAAUGCUGACUUAAAGAAACAGCUUCAUGAACUCCAAGCCAAAAUCACAGCUUUGAGUGAGAAACAGAAAAGAGUAGUUGAACAGCUGCGGAAGAACCUGAUAGUCAAGCAAGAGCAGCCGGACAAGUUCCAGAUACAGCCAUUGUCACAGUCUGAAAAUAAACUACAAACAGCACAGCAGCAGCCACUGCAGCCACUGCAGCCACUACAGCAGCAGCAGCAACAACAGCAGCAGCAGCAGCAGCAGCAGCAUGCCCAGCAGUCAGCAGCACCACCCAGCCUGACUGCAUCACAGAAGACUGUAACUACAGCUUCUAUGAUCACCACAAAGACACUACCUCUCGUCUUGAAAGCAGCAACCGCGACCAUGCCUGCCUCUGUUGUGGGCCAGAGACCUACCAUUGCUAUGGUGACCGCCAUCAACAGUCAGAAAGCUGUGCUCAGCACUGAUGUGCAGAACACACCAGUCAACCUCCAGACGUCUAGUAAGGUCCCUGGGCCUGGGGCAGAGGCUGUCCAAAUUGUGGCAAAAAACACAGUCACUCUGCAGGUUCAAGCAACACCUCCUCAGCCCAUCAAAGUACCACAGUUUAUCCCGCCUCCUAGACUCACUCCACGUCCAAACUUUCUUCCACAGGUCCGACCCAAGCCUGUGGCCCAGAAUAACAUUCCUAUUGCUCCAGCGCCUCCUCCCAUGCUUGCAGCUCCUCAGCUUAUCCAGAGGCCUGUCAUGCUGACCAAGUUUACACCCACAACCCUCCCCACAUCCCAGAAUUCCAUCCACCCCGUCCGUGUCGUCAAUGGGCAGACCGCGACCAUAGCCAAAACGUUCCCCAUGGCCCAGCUCACCAGCAUUGUGAUAGCUACUCCAGGGACCAGACUCGCUGGACCUCAGACUGUACAACUUAGCAAACCAAGCCUUGAGAAACAGACAGUUAAAUCCCACACAGAAACAGAGGAGAAACAAGCAGAGAGCCGUACUAUCACUCCACCUGCUGCCCCCAAACCAAAACGAGAAGAGAACCCCCAGAAACUUGCCUUCAUGGUGUCUCUAGGGUUGGUAACACAUGACCAUCUAGAAGAAAUCCAAAGCAAGAGGCAGGAGCGGAAAAGAAGGACGACAGCGAACCCAGUGUACAGCGGGGCCGUCUUUGAGCCAGAGCGUAAGAAGAGCGCAGUCACUUACCUUAACAGCACAAUGCAUCCUGGGACGCGGAAGAGAGGUCGUCCUCCAAAAUACAAUGCAGUGCUGGGGUUUGGAGCCCUUACCCCAACAUCCCCCCCAUCCAGUCAUCCCGACUCCCCUGAAAAUGAAAAGACAGAGACCACAUUCACUUUCCCUGCACCUGUGCAGCCUGUGUCCCUGCCCAGCCCCACCUCCACAGACGGUGACAUCCACGAGGACUUUUGCAGUGUCUGCAGAAAGAGUGGCCAGUUGCUGAUGUGUGACACGUGUUCGCGUGUGUACCAUCUGGAUUGCUUAGACCCUCCUCUGAAAACAAUUCCCAAGGGCAUGUGGAUCUGCCCCAGAUGUCAGGACCAGAUGCUGAAGAAGGAAGAAGCAAUUCCAUGGCCUGGAACUUUAGCCAUUGUUCAUUCCUAUAUUGCCUACAAAGCAGCAAAAGAAGAGGAGAAACAGAAGCUACUUAAGUGGAGUUCAGACUUGAAACAGGAGCGAGAACAACUUGAGCAGAAGGUGAAGGAGCUCAGCAGUUCUAUAAGUAAAUGUAUGGAGAUGAAGAAUACCAUCUUGGCACGGCAGAAGGAGAUGCGCAGCUCCCUGGACAAGGUGAAACAGCUCAUCCGCCUCAUCCACGGCAUCGACCUCUCUAAACCUGUAGACUCUGAGGCCACUGUGGGGGCCCUCUCCAAUGGCCCAGACUGCACCCCCCCUACCAACGCCGCCUCCACACCUGCCCCCUCCCCCUCCUCGCAGAGCUGCACAGCGAACUGUAACCAGGGGGAAGAGACUAAAUAACAGAGCCCUCGAGGAGAUGCCACAGUCCCAGUGGCCAGGAGACUCUAGAGAAGCAAAGCCGGAUUUCUUCUGGAAAGUACAGACUUCUUUUGGUUCUUUGGUUCCAGAGAGAGAAGAUGCUUGUGCCAGCGGCACCGAGUUUGCCAAUUGAUUCUUCUUACUCUGUGUGUACAUGCAAAGAUUGGACCAUGUUACAUGAAAUAGUGCCAGCUGGAGGUUCCUUGCCAGCACCAUGCCAAGUGAAAUAAUAUAUUUACUCUCUCUAUUA